GAAAUAUAUCUUGAAAGAGGGGUUUUGUGAUAAACCCUAGCUAAACCUCCCAGGUCAGUCAUUCCACGAAUUCAAUUCUCUUCUCGACUGAUUCGUGAACACAUCACACAUAGAUUCGAUUAGGGAUAAUUUCUGGUGUUAAUUGUUGCGAUAUAUUGAUAUAUGUUCCCUGCUAGAUAGUUUCAAAUUGAUUAUGAAGCCUAAAUUCUUACUUUCCUCCCCCAAAUUGCCACCAUCACCUUGUGCUGUCCCAUUUUUUCUUUCCUGUACUUCACCCCCACUUCUGAAAUGUAAACCGUAUGUGAAUUUCAGUUUAUCAACUACCUGUGGAAAUUUAAGCAAGACUCCGUUUUUGGGCCAGAAUUUAGUUUUGAAGGGAAAUAAUGAAUCUCGGACAAACUCGAGGAAAUAUUUUCCGGUUAUCAGAGCUGGUGUUGCGAAGAGGAGGAAGGAGCUUCCGUUUGACAAUGUGAUUCAGAGGGAUAAGAAGCUGAAAUUGGUGUUGAAGAUUAGGAAGAUUUUGAUGAGUCAGCCGGAUAGGAUUAUGGCGCUUCGUGAGCUGGGUAGAUUUAGAAAAGCUUUAGGGCUGCAAAAAAAGAGGCGGUUUAUCGCGUUGUUGAAGAAAUUUCCGGCCGUGUUUGAGAUUGUAGAAGAAGGUGUUUAUUCACUUCGGUUCAAGUUGACUCCUGAGGCUGAGAAGCUUUACCUCGAGGAGAUGAAGAUUAGGAAUGAAAUGGAGGAUUUGCUGGUUAUUAAGUUGAGGAAAUUGUUGAUGAUGUCGAUUGAUAAGCGGAUUCUGUUGGAGAAGAUUGCUCAUUUGAAGACUGAUUUGGGGCUUCCGUUGGAGUUUAGGGAUACUAUAUGUCAACGAUACCCACAGUAUUUCAAGGUUGUUGCAACAGGACGAGGGCCUGCGCUGGAGUUGACUCAUUGGGAUCCUGAGCUUGCUGUGUCUGCAGCAGAGAUUGCCGAAGACGAGAAUAGGCUGAGAGAAGUGGAAGAGAGAGAUUUGAUUAUUGAUCGUGUGCCUAGGUUCAAUAGAGUUAAGCUACCAAAAGGGCUUCAUCUUUCGAAAGGUGAGAUGAGAAGGAUUUCUCUGUUUAGAGAUAUGCCUUACAUUUCACCUUAUUCUGAUUUUUCGGAUUUGAGGCCUGGUAGCCCUGAAAAGGAGAAACAUGCUUGUGGUGUUGUUCAUGAGAUCUUGAGCCUCACUCUUGAGAAGAGAACACUUGUGGAUCAUUUAACCCAUUUUCGGGAGGAAUUUAGAUUCUCCCAACAGCUAAGAGGCAUGUUGAUAAGGCAUCCGGAUAUGUUCUAUAUCUCUCUCAAGGGGGAUAGAGACUCAGUUUUCCUCCGUGAAGCUUAUCGUGAUUCUGUGUUGUUAGAUAAAGACAAGAUGCUGCUUAUCAAGGAGAAGCUUCGCGCACUUGUUAAUGUUCCAAGAUUCCCCAAGAGAAAUGUUCGAAGGACUGACUCAGGUGAAGCUGAAGGAACAGGGCAAGAAGACAUGUCAGAUGAAGAUGAUUUAGAUGAGUGGUCUGACAUUGACAAUGUGGGAAGCGAUGAAGAUGGCGAUGGAGAAGAUUAUGAUGAUGAAUGGAGCGAUGAUGAUGACGACGACGUGCCUCCAGACUUCAAUGAUGGACAAGAUGAGCCAUUGCCUAGUUUAGAAAUGAGCAAACCAGCUGGUAGAGUUAAUGGCGCAACGAAGAAGAGUGAUGAUAAAGUUCUUGCUCCUGUUUUCCCAGAUGGCACACUAAGAGAACGCUGGUAAAUAUGAGGUUUAUUAUGUCUACAGAUCAAUAGGUCCAUCUCAAGGUACUGCUCAAGAAUAAAAGGAAUUAAUACACAGUCAUUGCUUGUUUUGAUCUUGUUGUAUCUUUCUUUCAAUUAGUUUAUAUAUAAGAUGUAUUAUGUAGAACUUCUUAUCCAUGUGAAAAUGCAUCUUACUUUUCUUAUAUGUAAA